UGUGUUCCCCUCUUGGUUCCCCAGGAUAACGUGGAGAGGGCAGAUGCCCUCCAGUUAACGGUGGAAGAAUUUGUGGAGCGUUACGAAAAACCUUACAAGCCCGUCGUCUUGCUGAAUGCUCAGGUGGGCUGGUCUGCCCAGGAGAAGUGGACUCUGGAGCGGCUGAAACGCAAGUACAGGAACCAGAAGUUCAAAUGCGGGGAGGACAAUGAUGGGUAUUCUGUGAAGAUGAAGAUGAAAUACUACAUAGAGUAUAUGGAGACCACACGCGACGACAGCCCACUGUACAUAUUUGACAGCAGUUACGGAGAGCAUCCCAAGCGCAGGAAACUCCUGGAGGACUACAAAGUACCCAAGUUCUUCACUGAUGAUCUGUUUCAGUAUGCGGGGGAGAAACGAAGGCCUCCGUACAGGUGGUUUGUGAUGGGCCCGCCUCGGUCUGGGACUGGAAUUCACAUCGACCCCUUGGGAACUAGCGCGUGGAAUGCCUUAGUCCAAGGACACAAGCGUUGGUGCCUGUUCCCCACCAGCACCCCCAGAGAGCUGAUCAAAGUGACGCGAGAGGAGGGAGGGAACCAGCAGGAUGAAGCUAUCACGUGGUUCAACGUCAUAUAUCCCAGGACACAGCUCCCCACCUGGCCCCCAGAGUUCAAACCCCUGGAAAUCUUACAGAAACCAGGCGAGACCGUCUUUGUCCCAGGUGGCUGGUGGCACGUAGUUCUCAACCUUGACACGACGAUUGCCAUCACGCAGAACUUUGCCAGCUGUACCAACUUCCCCGUGGUGUGGCACAAGACAGUAAGAGGAAGACCCAAGCUGUCACGGAAGUGGUACAGGAUCUUAAAGCAGGAGCAUCCUGACUUGGCAGCCUUGGCUGAUUCGGUUGAUCUACAGGAAUCUACUGGUAUUGCUUCUGACAGUUCUAGUGAUUCGUCCAGUUCCUCAAGUUCUAGCUCCUCUGACUCUGAUUCAGAGUGUGACUCUGGCUCUGAGACGGAGGGCAUGAUGCACCGCAGGAAAAAGAGGCGAACGUGCAGCAUGAUGGGUAACGGCGAUACGACUUCCCAAGACGACUGUGUGAGCAAAGAGCGCAGCUCCUCCAGGAUUAGGGAAUCUUGCGGAGGCCGCAGUUACCCCUGAGAGAUAACAACACCCGCCUAGAGGCAGCUGCCGAUUGAAGCUCCGUUAGCAGCCAGCCAGCUCUGUUCUACCCCCCUCUGCUCCUGUUUCUCACAGUCCUUACGUUUGUUUGUCACUCUUCAAUCCAAACAUCCAUCUUCAUUACGUGCUGUCGAAGGUUGGCUCCUUACUAACUGAAAGGGGAACUCCCCACCUCCGUUAUUGUGCAAUGCUUUGUCCCCUCCGCGCCCCAAGUGAGUGCACUAAGAGCCCAUCUUUGGGUAAGGACACGCCGAGUAUUUAAUGGUUCACGUAACUGGCAAGGAAGACAACGGUCAGUUUUUAAAGAACUCUUUUUAAAACCAGCAGGUAAACCUAGAAACCUGCCUUGCUUUGACACUGUCAUAUGUUUACAUGUUGUCCUGUACACUUGAGGAAAGGAACACCAGCCCUUCUGGCCCAUCUGAACGUCUGGCAGAUCUCGCACCAGAAUUUCAGGAAAGGAAGGUGGUACGUACGCUCCAAGUGCUGAAGCAACUUCAGUGGAGGUGGCCACCUACCUGAAGCAUCUUUUGUGGUCCUUAUCUCCACACAUGCAUCGAAGGUGUAACACAUGAACCAGCAGCGGUGGGUUUACUUCUGCUCUGUGUGGUAACAAAGAUGCACUAGCACCUUGCCAUAGGAAGCUCGAUGGAGCAGGAGAACGCUGGAGUUUCUUGCACAGCAAAAACAAGGGGGAAAAAAAAGUCUGUGUUUGCAGGUAGCUACACUCCUCUCGGUGCAGGUGUGAUGUUUAGCACUGGGUAACAACUGACAAAGUCAGGCUGACUCUUACAUGGCAACAACAGUUGUUGGGCUUUAAAUACCAAACAGUUUCAAGGCCGUGGGCUUGUUCAGGCCAGUGCAGUUCACAAACAAACGGCUUUUCUUUGAGACUAUGGGUUCAGAAAUUUCCAGAACUUGCAGUGCCAAUUUUAAAGGACUGGGAGGGGGACGUUGUUUUAUGCUUUUUAAAAAUGCAAUGUGAUGCUUAAGUCUGUGUUAGGUGCAUUUCUGUUAUGCCAGGUGAAGCUCUCAUCCCCAAGGGAUCUGUUGGAGCUGCUUUCUUUCGCAGAGGCUUGUUCAGGUAGUGUCAGCAAAGAGGUCUGUCUUGCCGGAGGUACGCUGCAAGGAGGUGAUCCUUUUCUGUCUGAGCAGCACAGCCAGAAGCCAGCUGUAGUUUGGGAUGCUUCCUUGGGUGCUCUCCUGAGACCUGGGAGGUGGGUAUUAGAUCUCACAGUGUCCAUCCUUCUUUGGGAGAUGAUACCUGAAAGCAGAAGCGGUCGCAUUUCCUAAUCAUGAAGUAAUGCCCAGGCACUGGCAGCUGAAUUGAUUCAGAUUGGCAGUCUUAAUUACGACUUUCUUACACACGUUGGGUUUGAUGGAAGCCAGAGCAUUGCUUGUCUGUUCUGUUGGGGUUUUUGUUUUGUUCUCAAGCCUGUCUCUUCCAAUUUAAAUGUUCUCUCCUUUCUUGGGGACUGGGCCACGAGGGAAUCCUAACUCCAUUCAUCAGGAUCUCCGUUUCUGAAACUUCUGUACCAGUCGGUUAUGUCGGAGCAGUGUGUUGAGGAAAAAACAGAGGGAGUGAAGGUUUCUUGGUGCAUUCCUUAGCUAUCCUGACUCCUGAAUUUCCUGUGAUAGCCAGGCAUAAGUGAGCAUGCUUGCUCUCUACAGCGCUGCAGAUUCUUCCAGGAGACUACUUCCCAAACUCUUAGCAUUUCUGGCCAAGGUUGCCUUUUUUUCCUGCCCAGUUGAACAGCCUGGGAGCCUGCACAACCCAUUUAGUCCUUCCUAGAAAGAACAGGCUUCACCUGCUGCCUUUUGGAAGAACAUAGUGGCCUCGGGAGGAGAAGGCUCAGCACUCUCAGCUCUGCCCUGGUGAGGUGAGCCCUUAUUAAACGUCUGCCUGCUGCUGUUUGAGCAAGGCUGCCUGCCCUCCUUGGUGGCUUGAUGUAUGUAUGGAAGAUGGCUUAUGCAGCAGCUUGCUGUUUGGCAUGCAUGGUUCAGCUUUGGGUUCAGCUUUGCCAUCCUAAAACCUUAAGCGUACUUGAAAGGCUGAUCCCUGUGCCAGGAAUCCCAUGCCUCUUCCACCAGAAGCACAGCCGUAAAACGGGGAGCGCAGAGUAUUCCUCCGUGCCUAUGAACUCUUGGUGGUGUGAAAUGAAACCAUUUCAGUUUGCAGCCUGUGUUCACUUGACGCCCCUCACAAGGCAACGUGUUUGAAACGGGCUGCAGGCAUCAGGAUACCAGCCACGCCGUACUGACUCCUGAGGCACUUUGUGAUACGGCACAAGGGUGUGUGUGUGCCUAGGCAGCCUGGGGUCUCUGGGUCUUCCGCGUACAGGUUCUUGCCUCGACCAAGCUGAUAAGCUGAUCUCUUUGUGUAGAUGGGAGAGCACCUACCUCACAGGGGUGUUGUGAGGCUAACAUGUAAUAACUGUAACAUGCUUCGACAUCCUCCUCCCACGAGAAGCGUUCCAGAAGUACUAAGCAAGCCGAGGCUUCCUAACCUGGCGUUAGCUUUUCCUAGCAGAAGACAUCAGGGAUUGUUGUUCAGCAGUUUUGGCCGUGUGGUGUUUUCUGGUUGCCCUUCCAGAAUUGCUCUGUGGUACGUCAGCUGAGGCAGAAUGAGGCUUUUUGUCUCACCAGGGUUUAACUGUUGGCAUUUUGGGACAAUUUGUGGCCUGCUCUAAACAGGAGGUCCUGCUAGAUCAGGAUUUAUUCUUUUAAAUCAGUCUGGGUACGUUAUUCUUACCAGGGAGCUGGCCUUGCAGGAAGGUGGGGGUGCUUCCCAUGCCUUUUUUUCCAAGCCACGUGUAUUGGGCACGGAGUUAAAAACAGCUCCCCGUGUGCCUAGACCCAUGCUUGUGGGAGGCUGACCGGGGAGAGUGGGUUUUGUGCUCUCCCCUCUCUGUCUCGCGCUUCUUGUGACACUGAUGCCUCCACCCCCGUGUUUUUGUGUCCCGUGGAGCCCCUGGAUGUAGCAGGCUGCUGUGGUCCGUGCCCAGGCCCAGUGAGCCCCUCGUUUCCCUGAGCCCCAGAGCAGCAUUGCCCUGCCUCAGCCCCUGCUGGCGCUGUGUCAGCCAUCCCCCGUGGGGUGCUGUGGGGCUGCCUCGCUCCCCAGCCUUAGAGCUGGUUUGUUCUGUGGGCUUCCUCACCCAGCUGUGUGUUGGUCUCAGUGUUCUGCCUGCCCGGGCAAAAGGUAGGGGGUUUGUGAGCUCUGGUCACCAACACGGGCUCGUCUGCUCCGAGAUUUCAGGAGGAAAAUACUUCAUAGCCCCAUCGGAGCUGUAGGGGUGAGCAAGCACACUGAAUCCAGCACCUGCUCUCCGCACAAACGCUCUGGGAGCGGAUGAUGCCGAGGAGGCACUGCCCUACGUUGGCACUGCCCUACCUUCCUCCCCUUCCCAGCGAGCACAGGCUGGCUCCAGUUCGUCUUCUCAUUUAACUAAGCCGCGUAGAAGGAAGACAGCAACCUCUUUCAUAACUAACCUAGACCCUUUUCCUCCCCGAAUCCCCAGCCAUCGUGGGGCAGGAAGCAAGACUGUUGAUUGAAUCAGAGCUGAAAUGCCUGUGUGGGCCAACUGUAACAGGAAGGUUUUGGCCUUCCCCUUGCACGGGGGGGAAGGAAAAAGCUUACCCGAUUCGUUGGACAGUCGCACUGUCGGCCCCGAGCCCUGCCACUGCCAUUAGCUGCUUUUAUCGCCCCAUCCAGCAGAGCUGGGAUACUCUUAACUGUCUUGUUUGGAUGAUUGUGUUUUUGCUUUUUAUUUUAAAUAAAAUCAAUUAUUUUGCAUUA